AUGGCGGGUCUCUACUCUUCUUCCAGACCCACCUCGGCUUCUUCUUCUUCUUCCUCGUCAUCGUCGUCGUCGUCUGCAUCAUCUUCUUCCUUUCAGACCUUCGCUUCUCGCCUUCUCUUGCUCCUCACCGUCCUCCCUCUAACUCUCGCCGGCUUCGCCUUCGUUCUCCAAUGGCGUGGCGGUCUCAAUGACCCCAUUACCCGAUGGGCACCUGAUCAUCACGAGUUCCCUGGCAUGGUCGACUUGGGUGGGCCCCCAGUCCAGGCUUCACAUUCUUCGGGUUCCGACUGCGUCGAUCUUCUGGGUCGGAGCCACUCGCCCUCCUUCCCCUACUAUAAGGACUGGAAGUUCGAUUACAUGUCCGAUCUGAGGCCCAAGAUAUGCAUUCAAACAAGCACUUCCGCUGGUUUAGAGCAAACGUUGCCAUGGAUCUUUUAUCAUAAGGUUAUUGGAGUUUCAACCUUUUUCCUUUUUGUGGAAGGCAAGGCUGCAUCCCCUAAUGUAUCCAAAGUCUUUGAAAGCAUUCCGGGAGUGAAGGUUAUAUACAGGACAAGGGAAUUGGAGGAACAGCAGGCUAAAAGUCGGAUUUGGAAUGAGACAUGGCUGUCAAGCUUCUUCUAUAAACCGUGUAAUUAUGAGUUGUUUGUGAAGCAGUCCCUUAACAUGGAGAUGGCUAUUGUCAUGGCAAGGGAGGCUGGCAUGGAUUGGAUCAUCCAUCUUGAUACCGAUGAGUUAAUAUAUCCAGCAGGCACUCAGGAGUACUCUUUGAGACAGUUGUUGUCCGAUGUGCCUAGAAAUGUUGAUAUGGUUGUCUUUCCAAAUUAUGAAAGUAGUGUAGAACAAGAUGAUAUCAAGGACCCUUUCAGUGAGGUGUCGAUGUUCAAAAAGAACUAUGAUCAUCUUCCAAAGGAUGUAUAUUUUGGAAAUUAUAAAGAAGCAACCCGGGGUAAUCCAAACUAUUUUCUAACAUAUGGAAAUGGGAAAUCAGCUGCUCGAAUUCAAGAUCACCUUCGCCCUAACGGUGCACACAGAUGGCACAAUUAUAUGAAGACACCAAAUGAGAUCAAAUUGGAUGAGGCUGCUGUUCUGCAUUAUACAUAUCCGAAAUUUUCAGAUUUGACCUCUAGACGUGAUCGGUGUGGUUGCAAACCUACCAAGGAGGACGUUAAGAGAUGCUUCAUGUUGGAAUUUGAUAGAGCUGCAUUCAUAAUUGCUUCAACUGCAACAGAGGAGGAAAUGCUUAGCUGGUACCGGGAACGCAUUGUGUGGACUGACAAAGCGCUCAACUUAAAACUUAUGAGGAAGGGCAUCUUGACUCGAAUUUUUGCACCGAUGGUCAUCGUACAAGGUUUGAGGGAAUCGGGUGUUUUCAGCUCCGUAAUUGCAUCAGCUGCACAAACAACUUUAUCAAAAGAUCAGUUCCUGUCAUCUGUGGAAAGUAGCAACUCCUCUAGGGAAUCCACAUCAGGAGCAAUUACUUCAAGAAAGAUUGGUAAAAUAAUAGAUUCUCAAGCAACUGCCAGAAGGGUCUUGGGAUUCACAGACGAUGCUUCUCACCUCUCGGCAAUUCCACCGUUAUCUCCUCCUGGCUUGGAUAAUUUUCCAAUUGAAACACAAUUGUUUUCCGAAUCACAAUGA